AAUGUUGGAAUCAAGCUCGGAAGUAAUCUAGAGAGUUGUAACAGAGUUUAAUAUUGAGAAAAAGGAAUAAAAGAAUAAAGAUGAUUAAAAUAUGAUAAUGUAUGAAUUUAAAUUUAUAAUAGUGGUCCAAUUUGUAAGGCUCCUAGUCAUUUAAAAGAUAAAUAUAUCAAAAGAGGAUAUAGAAUAAAUUUUAAGAAUAAUAAAGAUGUUUUAAAGAGUCUAUUCAUGUGGCAUAAUGAACUUGUAAAUAUUUGGACACAUUUGAUUGGUGCUCUUAUUAUUAUCUCUUUGAUAUUUUAUUUAUGGUUAAAUUAUGAUGAAUUGUUUAGAUAAAAAGCAAUUAAUUAAUUUCAUGGUAAUUUUUAAAGUGUUAUUAUAGAAUCUCUACAUAAUAUAUAUUAAGAAGCAUAUAAUUUUGAAUAAAAAGUUUAAGGAUAAUUGGAACUUGGUUUGCAUAUUUUAAAAGAUGAUGUUUAGAUGGUUCAAUAAUAAUUACAAGAAAAUAUAGAAAAUGUGAAUAAGUUUAUAAAUGAAGUGGCUCAUUAAUAUGAUUAGGAAUUUUAGAAAAUCCAAAAAAAUAUAGCAUAAGCAUUUGAUUGGGAAAAUUUGUAAUGGAAAUACAAUAUAUCAGAAAUUAUUUAUGAUUACAAAGUAAAAGCAACAGAAAUAAUAGAAUCAAAAGAUUUUGAUUGGAUUGAUUUAUAUUUAGGAUUUUAACAUUUAACAGGUCAUUAAACAAUUAAUGAAUAAAAACUACAUAAAAUAAUAUCUAGAUGGCCAUUGAUUGCAUUUUUAAUAACUGCAAUAGUAUGUUUGGGUUGUAGUACAAUAUAUCAUCUUUUUUAUUGUUUAUCAGAAAGAGUUAAUAAAAUAUUAUUAAGAUUGGAUUAUGCUGGUAUUUGUUUUUUGGUUUCUGGUUCUACAUUUGCUCCAUUAUUUUAUGGAUUUUAAUGUAAUCCUCAUUAUGCAAUUAUUUAUGCAAGCAUUUAAGGAUUUUUUGCAAUUAUAUUAUUCAGUUUAUGUUUAUUUGACUUUUUCUAUAAAGAGGAAUGGAGAACUUUAAAAAGUAAUUUGUUUGCAGGUCUUGGAGUUACAAGUGCAAUACCAUUUAUUCAUUUUGCAAUUGAUGAUGCUAAAUUAGAAGGAUUUAGUUUUGCUACUUAAUGUCCUUAUUAUGUAGCAAUGGCUAUAGCUUAUCUGUAAGAUAUAUUUAUUAUAUUUUUUAGUUCAGGCUUAUAUAUUUAUAAUAUUAGAUUUCCUGAGAAACAUAUACCUGGAAAGUUUGAUAAUUGUGGAUAGAGUCAUCAAAUAUGGCAUAUAAGUGUUGUAAUAGCAAUUUUAUUUACUUAUGUGGGUUCUUUGAAUGCUUAUUAUUAGAGAUUAGAUUUACCUUGUAGAGAAUGAAU